UGUUGAGUGAGUCAUUAUCAACAGGCGUACACCAUGAGUGAGCGACUUCUGGAUAUUCCUUGCAAGGUGUGCGGGGAUAGGAGCUCUGGAAAACACUAUGGUAUCUAUAGCUGUGAUGGUUGUUCCGGCUUCUUUAAGCGAAGUAUACACAGGAACAGGGUUUACACAUGCAAGGUCCAGGGCGACAAGAAGGGGAUGUGUCCAAUAGAUAAGACGCAUAGAAACCAGUGCAGGGCAUGUCGAAUACAGAAAUGUUUCGACGCUAACAUGAAUAAAGAAGCUGUUCAACAUGAACGAGGACCAAGAAAAUCAAAACUGAAGGUAACAGAGACACGCAGCAAUAAAUCAAUGAUACCAAUUGAGGCUCCCAUUGACCUUCGCGUUCCCGCUAAAUCCCAUGCCCUGAUAAUGGCCCCUCCAGUCGGGACAGGCCCCUACCCAAACGCCACACUGAUGCACAGCCUGUUGGCAGCAGAGCAGACACACGAUCCAAUCAUAUUCCAAGGUUUAAUGGCGCAUGCGCAGUUUGGAAUUCAUAAUCAUAUGAACCAAUCAGCGUUCAGGAUACCCCAACAUGCGAUGGUAGCACACAUGCGCGAAAGUUUACAAGAGGUGAUGGCACGGCUUUUGUUCAUAAUGUGUGCUUGGAUCAAAAACAUACCUGCUUUUAAAAAGCUCUCAAGUCGUGAUCAGGUUAUAUUAUUGGAGGAGACAUGGUGUGACUUGUUCUUGCUAAACCUCGCCCAGUGGAAUGUGCCCAUUGAGGUCCAAAACAUUCUAGAAUGUGGCUGUAUCAAAACAGAGAGUAUGUCAAGUGAGAAAAUGGCGUCGAUUUUAUCAGAUAUACGUCACAUCCGGGAUAUCGUCAACCGAUUUAGGGAACUUCGAGUUGACCUCGCAGAAUAUGCAUGUUUGAAAGCAAUAGCACUUUUUAGGACAGAGACAUCUGGACUCAGGGACAACCAGGCUGUCGAAGGCCUUCAAGAUCAGGCACAAUUAAUGCUGGGAGAAUACAUACGUCAUAGAUGUCCAAACCACGUGACUCGAUUUGGGAAAAUCCUUCUCCUGCUGCCAUGCUUACGCGUCGUUAGUCCAAAUAUUGUUGAGAAACUAUUCUUCAAAGAAACAAUAGGGGACAUUCCCAUCGAGAGACUAGUUGCAGAUAUAUACAAAGCAGAAACUACGUAGAAAACUAUAACAGCCAAGGUGGAAGAGUGUUUAUUUAUUCUAUAUCAAUAAAAACUACACAAUCAGAUUUAUAUCGUUUGUUGACCGUUGUUUACGUCUGAUGAUAAUUUAUAAAAUAGAGAAUAUUUAUACGAUUCGCCAUCAGAACAUUUACGAGGAGCAAAAGGUUGACAGUUAAAUGUUUUGUAAAACACAUAUAUUCGGAC